ACAAAUGCAAGACUCAGCCACAAUGGAAGGAUUAAACUGAAUAGAAUUUCCAAUAUCCUUUCGCGUUGAAGCAGAAGUGUCAUGACAUUUUGCGACCCAUCGGUGCUUGAAAGAUCACUCAUGUUAAAUCGGGGAGCGGCAAAAGUGAAGGAAACCGUUUAUUUCUAUCUGAAAAAAAGAGGAAGUGCUUUAACACCCAGAUAUUAUUGUUUCGAGUGUAACAAAACGGGUCCGUUGUGCGCGCUCACCCUUGUAUGUGGAGACUCCUAAAUGGAAAUGACACUUUCACCUCUCGGCUACUUUCUUCUCUCAAGUUUUCUGCUACUGUCCGGAUCAGAAAACGGGCUCAGAAUUCCAGAUGUUUGCCAAGGAAAAACCAUUAAUGAUAUCCAUCCAGAGAGUUCUUCAGUCUCAUGGGAGCAUGUUGAUUUUGAUGUAAACCAAAACUUCUCCUGCUUACUUCACACAUCUGACAUUCUCAACUGCUCCUGGACAUUUCCGACAUUACAGCCAGAUCUUCAGCUCUAUAGCAGCGUGUGUGAAGACGACAAGCCCGUUGGUCCUCCCAGUCUUCUAUCCAGGGAGAGAGUUGGCUGGAAAUCUGUGAACACGGUCUGGAACAAGACAUCUGAGAUGAUCCUGCUCUUCAACAUGACGCUGAACGACUCAUGGGGCCUCUACUCUUUUAAGUACGACACUGAUAUGCUUGAGGUUCUGUCUCCACCCGCCAACAUCACAGCCUCAGUGAAUGAUGGAGUCCUGACGGUGAGGUGGGCGCCACCUUACAGUCGAUUCAGCAGCAGGAGGGCUCCGGAACACUGUUUCCAGUACCAGCUGGGAGUCGAAAAACAGAAGAACCUCAGGCAUGCAGACACUGGAGCCCUGGUUGGACUGACCGACUUGGGCGACAAGACAUCCUACAUGAUGCCAAAUGCAGAUCCUUCCGUCUCCUACCUCGUGAGGCUCAGGGUCAAGAAAAGCCAGUUGUGUUUUGGGUCUCCUCAGUGGAGCGAUUGGACUCUCACCGCAACGGUAGGAGAGUCGAACAGCAUGAUAAGCCUUCCUGUCAUCAUCUCCAUCACCCUGGUCGUUCCCAUGCUCCUCCUCAGCCUGCUGCUGUUUCUGCGACUUCAGAGGGUGUCUGACAUGUUGUUUCCUGAGAUUCCAAACAUACCAAAGAAGUAUAAACAUUUCAUUGAAAAAGGUGACACCAAUGUUAAUUACCCAGCAGACCCCUUCAGGCAGGAGGAGGAAAUCACCAUGGUGGAGGAGUCAACCGCUGCCGACAUGUGAGGGACAGGAAGCAUGUCGGUUGAGACCAUUGGUGUGCAUCUAUGUGCUGCAUGUGUUGAGAAGCAUCAAUCUACUAAGUCAGCAGUGUGAAAGCCCCUGGCGUGACGCUGGUUUUGCAUGAUUCAAACAUGUGUUGCAAUAGUCGAAACCUGAGUCCAAUAUUUAUGCUUUGGCUUCAUCGUUUUCUGCUGGAAGUCCGGUAUGGAUCUGGAUUUUGGGAGGAAACUAGAGAACAUGGAAGCGGCACUCAUUUUAACACCCAUUUUUAUAUAUAAAACCAUUGUUACCACUACAAUAUUCCUUUUUCAUACCCUCAAAAUCUAAUCUCAAUAUCCACAAGGUCUUAUUUAUCCUUCAUGGAUCAAGUUUUAAUAAUUGAAAAUAAAAUAAAUCCCCAAUAAUGCAUCUGUUGUUUUACUAUAACGUUUUUUCCAAAUGAGGGCCGCUGUAAGUCAACUUGUUUUUAAACAAAAAUAUGGUUUACUUGCAAAAGUCUCGCGGUCAGCCAUGUUUGUUUACAUUCGCCCCUAUAGUGUUUGGUUGACAGCGUGAUAGUGGGUUCCGCUUUUUAGCUGCGUCUGGCACUGUCUAAUGAUCUUCACUAUUUUGCAUAUCCCCUUCAACAUUACCAAGCGUGUGAUAGUACCAGAGACCAAAAUAGAGUUGAUUUCCCCUCUCUUGCUGAAAAGUAUUAAUGUCUGUAAUGACUUUCAUGUGUCAUGCGCAGUUGCGAUUGACAAGACAAAAAACACACUUUGAAUUUUAAAGCACAAGCUUUUUAAAAAUGUCAUGCCAUAUUUAUUGUGUAUGAGAAUAUCUGCAUCCAAAGUUCAACAUCUGAUCUCUUUUUUGUUGCUGUUAUCACAAUUUUUUUUCAUCCCUUCAUAUGAAUAGUUUUGCGUAGUGGAUCAAUUUCCAAUAAUUCAUGAUAGAGCAUAACAGUAAUAAUAGAAUUUCAGGGGAAAAUAAAACCCUUGCACCUUCAUCAUUUAAACAUUGCUUCAACUUCCAUUACGGUUGCUGCUUUCCAAACCAAUAUAAAAAU